CUGUGUCUUUGGUUCAGGAGGUGAGGAGGGAGGAGAGGCUUUCCCUGUGGGAUGAGUCUGGGAUGAGCAUCCCUGCUGGCUUUUUGGCCUCCUCGUUCCUUAAACCGUCACUUAAGCCAGACCCCGACCUCAGGGCCAAAACUCACGCUGCCACAGAGCAUAAUCCCGACGUGAGGGCGAGGGUCUCCCAACCUCCUUCGGAAGAGGGUCCGGGGACUUCUCCGGGCACGCAGCCCCCGCUCCGUGCUGGGCCUUCUGAGCUGCCAGGCUCGCCUCUGAGCCCUGCGUAUUUUCAAAAGUGGGGGGGUUUAUUUCAAAAAAGAAAAGUAAUUUGAGCUAAUAAGUGAAUUAAACUGGCCUUUGCAUCACACGGGGGCAGCUGUUGCUGCGCCGAUGGAGGAGGAAGAGGAUGCCCGUGCGAGCAGGGGAGCUUCUACUGUGCAGAAAUGAGAUGAAAACUUCAUUUUCCGGCUGCCUCAUCCCCUGCGGCAUCUCCCCGAGCUCCUCGCCGCUCCCCGUCCUCGGCCCCAGCCAUCCCUCGAGGCAGCACCCUUGGGUGGGUGCACACCUUGCCGCCUUUGGAUUCAUUUCCCCCAACUCUGGGGCGGUUUUGAGCCCCCCCCCCCCCCCCCAGCACGGCGAGUUGGUCCUUUAUAAGAAACACUGUUAAUACGAACCAUCUCCCAAUGGAUCCAUCCAGGAAAGGAUCUGGUCUCCAUCCCCAGCUGGAGUUUGAUGCCGCAGGUCGGGGUGUCCGCCCAGACGCCGUCACUGAUUUUCCUCGCCGUGAGCACGCGAAGGAGAGGGGUUUUAGAUGAUGUUUUGAAGAUUUGCAUUGGAGGGAAUGGGAGAAACUGCAGAAACUCUCCUUGUUAAUUAUCUCCUUCCUAAACGAGGCCAACGAAGGCAGCUGAGCCCUGGGACGACCAUCACUGCGCAGGCAGCACCCGCCGGGGACCUCCUGGGCACAGAAAUGGGGCCGGUUUGGGGCGAUGGAGGUGGUAAAACACGAUGGGGGGGUCAGGGACGUGGUGGCAGCGAUGCCUCCACUUUUCCCCUCGGAUCAUGUGAAGGGUCAGUGUCAUUAAAUCAGUUCCUUAAUUGGGCUGAUGCUUAUGCUGGUUCAAUGGCUGCUUUUUCCCCUCCUUUAGCAAUAGGAAUAAGCAAUUUACCUACAACUAAAUACCCCAAAAAGCUGUAUUUAAACCCAGGCUGGGCUGGGAAAUCGCACCCUGCUCAAGGGCUUCACCGCGGCCCCGGUGCUGCUGCAGCUUUGGCACCAACGCAUCCUUUUUUGGGGGAUAAGGGCACCGGCGUUUCCUUUUUGGCUUUAAAGAUGCCGGAGGCGAUGCGGAGCCCAUCCCUGAGCUUUAUCUCAGGGCGGGCAGUGCCUCCCGUUACCCAUUUGCUCCCCCGGAAUCGUAUCCGAAAACCCUCUGAUCCCCCUGCUCCGAGAUUGCCGUGUCCCGGCAUUCCGCAGGGAUGCCGUUGGCUGACAUGCUUUUUUUCGAAGCCGGUUGUUCCGUUGCCAUGAGAACGGCGGUUGGAGCGGAGGGGACAGAAAGCGGAGAGGAGAUGGCACAACCGGAUGGAUGCUGGGCUCCCCGGGAAGGGGGGGGGACCCGGCAUCCCGGGAAGCUUCCCGCUCCAGCCUGGCCCUGGGGACGGGGACGAGGGAUGUCCUGGGCUCGGUUCAAAAGCCGAAGCUGCUGGUGUUGCGGUGACCCGAAAGCAUCGGGCGGAUGCAGAGCGAUGCUCGCCGGUCUUCCCCACCGGAGGAUCAGCUCCUAAAAAUUCCUCGCCCGAGCUGGAGCCGUGCAUUUCCAGGCUUCCCGUGGGGACGCGGUGAGCCCGCCGGCAGCUCCGGGGGCUGGCUCCGGAAAGCUGGUGGCAAAGCACCCCCCCCUUGCCGCCCACCGGCUCUCCAUGCGAACCGCGGCCAAAUGGAUGCGAUCGCGAGCGCCGGCCUCAAGAGGAAGUUUGAGGAUGCGGACGUGGGCUCGCCGGGCUCCAACUCGGACAUCUCGGAGAUCUCCAACAGCGACAGUGCCGAUAGCUGCGACAGCGUCAACCCCUCCAGCUCCACCGGCUUCAUACCCACCUCCAUCCUGAAGCGGCAGAAGCAGCUUCGCAGGAAGAAUGUCCGCUUCGACCAAGUGACCGUCUACUACUUCGCCCGACGCCAGGGCUUCACCAGCGUCCCCAGCCAGGGCGGCAGCUCCCUGGGCAUGGCCCAACGCCACAACUCCGUCCGCCACUACACGCUCUGCGAGUUCGCCCAGGAGCAGGAGGUGAAUCACCGGGAGAUCCUACGGGAGCACCUCAAGGAAGAAAAACUCCACGCCAAGAAAAUGAAGCUCACCAAGAACGGCACGGUGGAGUCGGAGGAGGCGGACGGCCUGACGCUGGAGGACGUCUCGGAUGACGACAUCGACGUGGAGAACGUGGAGGUGGACGACUACUUCUUCCUGCAGCCGUUGCCCACCAAACGCCGCCGAGCUCUGCUGCGAGCCUCCGGUGUUCACCGCAUCGAUGCUGAGGAGAAGCAGGAGCUGCGGGCCAUCCGCCUGUCCCGGGAGGAGUGCGGCUGCGACUGCCGCCUCUACUGCGACCCGGAGGCUUGCGCCUGCAGCCAGGCAGGGAUUAAAUGCCAGGUGGAUCGCAUGUCCUUCCCCUGCGGCUGCUCCCGGGAUGGUUGCGGUAACAUGGCCGGUCGGAUCGAAUUCAAUCCUAUCCGGGUGCGGACUCACUACCUCCACACCAUCAUGAAGCUGGAGCUGGAGAACAAGCGUCAGGGUGGGCGGCCACCGGCGCCGGAGGAGGAGGCGGCCGCUGCCGCCGCCGCUCACGGCUCCGCUAGCGACUGGCUGGGGCCGCAGCCGGCCGAAACGCAGGACUUCCAGGAGUUCAUGGCGGAGAACGAGACGGCCGUCAUGCACCUGCAAACGGCGGAGGAGUUGGAGAGGCUGAAGGCUGAGGAAGACUCCAGCAACGGCUCCAGCAUGGAGAGCUUGGGCGUUUGCAUCCUGGAGGAGCCCCUGGCCGUGCCGGAGGGUUUGUGCCCAGGUCUCGCCGCCCCCAUCCUCAUCCAAGCCCAGUUACCUCCGGGCUCGUCCGUCCUCUGCUUUGCCGACGGCUCGGAGCAGGCAGCCUCGGCGGUGGGCGACCAGCCCUACUUGAACGAUGGACCUGUGGUCUACUACCAGGUGGAGCAGAGGCCGGUGCUGGGUGUCAAGGGCGAGAGCAGCCCGGCGGAGCCGCCGGCACCGUCCUCCUGCCUGAGCGAGAAGAACCUCAGCGUCCUCCCCGUCCCCGUGGUGACUUGCAGCCGAGCCGCCGCUGCUGCGAGCAAGGGGGAAGCAUCCCGAAAUCCUCCCUCGUCCCCGGAGGCUGCUCCAUCCUCUGAGGGCUGCCGAGCGGCGGCUGCUGCCCGCUGCCCGCGUUCCCCGUCCCCCGUGCCACCGGAGCAAGCCCUGGAGCGGGCGCACGAGCCGCCCUCCGCCGAGGAGCGCUCGCUGGGGCCUGUCCUGCCCAUGUGAGCGGCCCCGUUCCCCCCUCCCUCCUCGGCGCUCAUUUAUUUAUUGACAAUAAUAUUUUAUGGACCGGCA